ACUGCGUGCUGCACAGGAUCCAGAGAUGACACGGUAAUCAUCCUUCAGCCAGCGUUUGAAGACCUGACGUUUCGAUAAAUACGAUGGGAAAAUGACACGAAAUAACUCCGCUGCGAUGUGCUUCGCUGAUCAAAGCGCUUGUCAGAAAUCGCAUUGGUGUUAGUGUAGUCUGACGUUUCUGGGAAGUUAAGUUUAAUAACUGCAGCAAUCACUCACGUGCGCUGUUCAGCUGUUGCAUGUCAGAGUUAAAUAAUGUGCUACUCUUGAAUCAUAGAAUUGAAAAAAAUUAGAAUUGUACCGUGAGAGACGCGUUUGAACUUAGAACCAACGAUGACAGCUUAGUUAACGAAGUUGCAAAACAAGUAUCUAGGAAUACGAAGUGAACGGGUGAACGCUACCGUUCCGAUUGCAAAUACCAUUCGCACGGUAUACCUCCAAGAAAGAAUCGCGGCAGCACGCUCGCAUGGCGAGUUCGCCAUCGCACUUUUUUUUCUAAAAUGAUAUUUAAUCGGAGCAUGGGAGAGUCGAAUAAAAUUCGACGAUAAAACCAUUCAACGCCAUAUGUGGAAACGUGAAAAGCAAACUCGUUUUGCACGUUCGAAAACGCGUUUUACCGCGGCACACACUUUUGCCGUUGGUUAAAUGACACUUGAGAAAUUGACACACACAUUUUCACUAUUCCGAACGUGAGCCAUAGGGAAGGAGAGUCGUUGAUGGAGACACGCAUACUCGCUUUCGAACAGUAUGUUAUGAGAACACUUCCUUAAAGCAAUAUCGAUCGUGAGGUGUUUUCCAACCCGAGAAAAAUUCGAGAAACGCGUGCUGUCGUCUUCGAAGACGAUCAAAGUGCCGGGUGAUUCUUAUAUAUUUAAACUCACAAUCAUUACAUCGAAGACUAACAAAGUCGUUUCUCGGAAACCACGUUACAAAUUGAAGUCACGAAGAGCAGAUAUGGGAGCGAGUCCUCGUCGGUACGUGGUCUAAGAAUAUCGUGGAGUGGAUCGUUGAACCAGAGCUUCCUUUCUUCUUUCCACGUGUCGAAGUGCCCGGGAGAAAUAAAUCAGAAACUUUCUCUGACGACGUUCGGCUUGACAGUAUUCCGUAAACGAUGUCAGGGGACACCACGUCCGAUGAUGAGGGAUCGCAGGAGGAUCCGCCACGUUACGACAUCGACGAUUUAGAAAUCAUCAAGACUAUUGGCACAGGCACCUUCGGCAGGGUAGUUCUCUGCAGGCACCAUGGAACGCCUCUCGCAUUAAAAAUCCUCUCCAUGGUCGACGUAAUCAGAUUAAAGCAAGUCGAGCACUUGCGCAAUGAAAUUACAAUUCUGAAGGAAGUUAAGCACCCUUUCAUCGUCAAUAUGUUAUGGAACGGCAGGGACGAAGCCAGAGUGUACAUGUUACUGGAAUUCGUCGCCGGUGGAGAGCUUUUCUCUUAUUUAAGAGCGGCCGGAAGAUUCGCAGGACCCACGAGUUGUUUCUACGCAGCCGAAAUAGUUUGCGCUCUAGAUUAUCUGCACAUCAAGCAUAUAGUUUACAGAGACCUCAAGCCAGAAAAUCUUCUCCUUGACAGUCAAGGCCAUCUCAAAAUCACCGAUUUCGGCUUCUCCAAGAAACUUACGGACAGAACAUGGACCUUGUGUGGAACGCCAGAAUAUUUGGCGCCGGAAAUAAUUCAAAGCAAAGGACACAAUAAAGCCGUAGACUGGUGGGCGUUAGGCGUUUUAAUUUACGAAAUGCUGGCGGGAUAUCCACCAUUCUUUGAUGACAACCCUUUCGGGAUCUACGAGAAGAUCCUGAGCGGUAGGAUAGAAUGGCCAAAGCACAUGGAUCCCAUAGCGAAAGAUCUGAUCAAGAAAUUAUUGAUCGCUGACAGAACGAAGAGAUUAGGAAAUAUGAGGCAGGGUGCUGAGGACGUGAAGAGGCAUCGAUGGUUUAAGCUAGUCGAAUGGCCCUUGGUGCCGCAAAGAGCCUUGACACCCCCGAUAAGGCCACGUGUAAAAACACCGGGUGAUGCGAGCUGCUUCGAUGAUUAUCCUGAAACUGACUGGCGUUCCCAACCGCCUUUACCACCAGACCAACUAGCUCUAUUCCAAGAUUUUUGACAGCUAAUGUGACGAUACCGUUGAAUAGUCACAAAUAUUUUCACUCGUAAAGGCACUGGUUAAAUUGAAACUCACUUUGUGGUAUAAAACAAUUGCGAUAACGUUUUGGCGAGAUAUGUUGAUAAUUAAUUUUCCAUUUUGUACAUACGUAACUUUUUAUAUUUCAUUGUGUAUUACUUAUUUAUUUGUACGUGUUCUAGGCUAGGCAUUCCUUCUCGUUGUUUUCGUGAGAUUCUGUAAAUAAAGGUUGAAC